AUGGGACUAUCUCUGCCCGCUGCACAGACACCCCCUCCAAUUCUUCAUGUCGAAGUAAGGAUAAAGGAAGCCGUAGGUAAUGUGAUUGUUCGAACUGAUAUUGUUCGCAAUGAAGCUUCGAAGUGGCUACUUGACAACUUCGCUGCUCUGCAAGUCGGGCAAGAGAUUUCAACGUUUGAGGGGUUCAACGGCGAAUACGCCCAGUACCUUGAAACAGUAAGGGUAGUCGAGUGUACGGGAACACAAACAGAGAGUGGCACAUAUCUUGUAUGUGAGGUGGGCCUUGAUGUCCAAGCCUACCAGCUCCACCAGCCAGGCUUGAACGUUCUUUCUCAAGAACAAGACCAUAAUGGUGAGACGGAUGACGAUGAACCGCAUAUCCGUAUUCUUCCACUACCCAGCAAGGAGCUAGAUGGUAUCUGGGAGUCACUCUUCUUUGAGCAGCCUAUCCACUCCAGCCUUCUCCGAGCCGUUGCAAGAAUGCUUGCCUUUGCCUGGCAUAAGCUUAACACCUGGACAAUCAAUUGGAAUCGGCUUAUCCUGCUUUAUGGGCCACCUGGGACUGGAAAAACAAGUCUCUGUCGAGCUCUAGCACAAAAGCUGGCGAUCAGGCUGGGGAAACAGUUCCCGCAGAGUAGGUUGAUAGAAAUCAACGCAAAUUCACUGAGCAGCAAAUUCUUCGGUGAAAGCGGCAAACGUGUGAUGAAACUGUUUGCUACAAUAGAAGCGCUUCUCACCGAAGAACCUGACACGUUGAUAUGUGUUUUCAUUGACGAAGUAGAAUCACUGACAGCCAAAAGAGAAAAAUCACUAAACGGGAACGACCCAUUGGAUGCCAUGCGAGCAGUCAACGCUUUGCUAACAGCACUGGACCGACUUAGACAUUACUCCAACGUGGUGGUAUUCUGCGCCAGUAAUCUAAUUACGGCCUUGGAUUCCGCAUUUCUAGACCGAAUAGAUAUAAAACAGCUUGUCCCAGCACCGUCUGCGAAAGAAAGAUAUGAGAUUUUUCGCAGCUGCUUUGAGAACCUCAGCGAGUGCGGCUUGAUCAAGGGCUGCACGUUCGACGUAGCACAGCGGGAUGCAGACAACCCUGAGUCACCACUAGAGUUUGUAUGCCAGCCUGCUGAGCGUCUGGCAUUCCCCAGAUACGAGAUGGUGUUGUGGUAUCAGCUGUUUCCCGAGUCGAGUCCCAAGCGGCUUGGGGACCUGGCGCAGGCAAGCGAACGAUCAUCAUCUUCGAAAGCCAGCUCCGUUUCCGAAACCCCAUUUUACCUCACGUUGACCGCUUCCGCUGCCACUGCUGCCACAAUCGGUGCGGCAGCCUGGUAUUACCAUCUCUAUGGACCUGAAUUGCACGCCAUGACCCCAGCAGAGGAGGGUUUGCAUUCCACUGUCUAUCCUUGGGAACAUACCAAAUUCUACCGAACGUUCGACCAUGCAGCUCUACGACGUGGUUUCCAAGUAUAUCGUGAAGUCUGCGCGCAGUGCCAUUCUCUAACACGUGUUCCAUGGCGCUCGUUUGUUGGUACUAUGCAUACCGUGGACGAAAUGAAGGCAAUGGCAGAGGAGCAUGAAUACGAUACCGAGCCCAAUGACCAGGGCGAGAUCGAGAAGCGCCCCGGAAAGCUGUCGGACUAUAUCCCGGCGCCGUACAAGAACGAUGAAGCUGCUCGUGCUGCCAACAGCGGUGCUUUGCCACCCGAUCUCAGCUUGAUUGUCAAGGCUCGACAUGGCGGCUGUGACUACAUCUUCAACUUGCUCACUGGCUAUCCUGAUGAACCUCCCGCGGGAGCAAGUGUGCAAGAGGGAUUGAACUUCAACCCUUAUUUCCCAGGAACUGGUAUUGCCAUGGCCCGCGUUCUCUUCGAUGGCAUGGUUGAAUACGAAGACGGCACCCCUUCAACGACGUCGCAAAUGGCCAAGGAUGUCACCGAGUUCCUGAACUGGGCUGCAGAGCCGGAGAUGGACGACCGAAAGAAGAUGGGACUGAAGACGCUCGUGAUUGCGGGAACUCUAUUCGCCAUCAGCGUGUGGGUGAAGCGAUACAAGUGGGCGCCGAUCAAGACCCGGCAGAUCGUUCACACUCCCCCGAUUGGCAAAAGAAGAUAG